AUGGUUGACAAGUCCUGUGACGAUGAAUUAUUAGAUGCUGUAAAACGUAAUUCAGUUUAUUACAUGAUCGUCAGAGGUACAGCUGAUGAAUGUUUAGAUUCAGAUAAUAUAUCAGAAAAUUUAGAGAAUUAUCUACAGCACUGCGAUGAAUCUAAAAAAGAUAUAGUACGAUAUUCAUUUGAAACAAAUACAUCAUGUAAACAUCCAACAAUGUUACCAGAUCAUAUCCCGUACAUUCGUGAGGAGUUAAAUAAAGCAGAACCUCACGUAAUACUACAACAAAUGAAUUUACUCUUCAGUGAAAUGCAAAAACUGUAUGACAGACAUUGUGAAUCGAAUAAGACUGAUACAAUUCCAUUUCUUAAACUUGCCAGCCGAAUUUUGCUUGAAUAA